CAGGUUGACGACCGCAGUCCCUCCGUGCUUGGCGAGCGGAGCCACUGAGACAGGCCCCCAUGGACGAAUGGGAAGCCCCCCAGUGGAAGAAGGAAAUUGAAAGCCUUAAGUACCAGCUGGCUUACAAACGGGAAAUGUCUUCCAAAACCAUCCCUGAAUUCCUGAAGUGGAUAGAAGACGGCAUUCCAAACGACCCGUUCCUGAACCCAGAACUGAUGAAGAGCAACCCCUGGGUGGAGAAAGGGAAAUGCAUCCUCCUCUAACCCUGCCCCCCCCCCCCCAAUGGUUUCCCUUUGAUGCUCAAGUAGGCAUGAGGGCGGAAUCACACACUACCCAGUUAUUGCUGGCUUUCCUCUAGGGCUAAACUUGAUUUCCCCCUCUUCUUCCUCCUUUGCGAGGGUGGCAAAGACUUCUCCCACCCCCACCCCCCAAAUCCUCAGGAAUGGGGCUGAGCUUUUUUUUGGGGGGGGGAGAGGGAUGUAUCUGCGAUUUCUCCCGCGCUCAAGUGUUGGGGGAAUCCUGGCGCAAACUCACUUGGGGUGAUGUCACUGUCCAUAAAUGGAGGGAAAGGGGGAGGAGUCAAGGUGAGCUGAGAUUCUCUUCUUGGAAGGGCCUAGAAUUUGGGAAGCUCUUGUCCAAGGAGGCCGAAACAGCUUGGGGUGAACCCUCUACCUUGGUAUCAUAGGCUCUCUCUCGUUUUGAUGGAGGAAUCGGCAACAAGAAACAAAGUAGUGUGAGAACUGAGCCCCGGUAGUCGCAAGAUCCUACUCCUUCCCGUAAACCUAUUUUGUCUGAUUCUCUCUGUCUUUUGGGGAAACUUGUAAAGGAACUCAAAACUUUUAUAAAACAUUGCAAUGGUUUUCUGUACUUUUUUUUUCUUUUGUAUCUCGUAGGAUUAUACGCGUUUGCAGUUUUAAAA